AUGUCGGCAGCAGGUCCAGAACUCCCUCCGCAUCUCCUGGCCAAGCGAAAGCGACAGCAAGAGGAAGAGCAGAAAAAUCAGCCUGCCACCUCUUCCGGCGCAAACCAAGAGAGUCCCCAAGACAAGCGUCAAAGAGUCGCCGGCCCAGAGCUACCACAAUCCGCUUCACCAGCGCCAGCAGGCCCAACAUUACCACAAUCCGCAGGACCUACCUUGCCACCAUCAAAGCCCGAGCCUCAAGUCGUUCAACCCGUCACCGGACCUGCUCGACCUGUCGCUGGCCCUGCCCCACCACCAGCUCCCCUCGAUGAACGACCAACGGCACCUCCAGACUCGGAUUCAGACUCUGACGACGAUGACUUCGGUCCCGCUCUACCCUCCGCCACCGACCUGAAUCCAUCUACCAACGACUAUGGACCCUCGAUACCACAACCGGAAGCAGCUCCCGCAAGAGCCCAGCGCGACGAAUGGAUGACCCUACCACCCCAACAAGACGACCUAGCAGCCCGUAUGGAUCCUUCCAAAAUAAGAGCUAGAGGCUUCAACACCGGCAAGAACGCAAGAGGAGGCAACACAACUCCCGCUGGAGGAAACAUCGCCGCCGCAUGGACCGAAACACCAGAGCAAAAGCUCAAGCGUUUGCAAGAUGAAGCUAUGGGUGUGAAGCCCGCUUCAGCUGGACAUGUAGAUGCCAAAGAAGCUGCUAGAAACAAGGAGAGAGAAGCAGAGGCAAGACGUAUCCGUGAGCAAACUAAACAGACUAGAGGCCCAUCAUUGAUGGACCAGCAUAAAGAGACAAAUCCGGAGAACAAGGAAGAUGAUCCUACAAAACGUGCUUUCGACAGAGAAAAGGAUAUUGGCGGAAGCUCCCUCGGUCUUGUCGACAAGAAGGACCUGCUCAACAAGGCUUCAAACUUUGGUUCAAAGUUUGCUGGUGGCAGUUAUCUAUAG